GUGGGAUAGAGACACUAGUAAAGCGCGACAGUUCGCAGUGCUGUCAUUCGUAGCAAGUUCCUCGGUCACGUACCGACACACGAGUACGAGGGAAUCUCUGUGCGCAUGAUAUAUUAAGAACACGGUUCUGUUCAUAUUGAGCGACGAGGGUUUUGUUUGAUUACACGAAGAUCUAGAUUCUGGAAGAGAUGUCAUGCUUCUGUCUGAUUUGAUAAUCUGUGCUAGAGAGACGAGUUGUCAGCUCAGUAUUUAUCGAUACACCUGUCGAGUCCUUGGUCUUCCUCGGUUUAUCAACAUUAUCGACACAACUAUUCAUUCUCUGUUCUUGAGAGCUAAUAUAGUCUAUCUACUUCAAUCCUAUUCUGUCCGCAUCAGGUGAAUCUCAGGGAAGUCUACUUCUCUGAGGUUCGUUUUGCCCCUUCUAGUUCAUUGUGUAGUUUGUACUAAUUCUACUUGCUAGCCCGUUGCCACUGCAAGAAUCGCAUCGCUCGAUUUUAGCAGGAGCUCUAGUAAGUACUAUUUCAGUUGUGAACUAGAACGGUUUUUUUUUAGAUGUAAGUAGUGGGUUUGAUUGAUGUGUGUAUAAGAACUGCGUGGACAAUAACAUCGCGUUUCAUCUUCUUCGAGGGCUUCAACACGUUUAACUCAAAUUGAAACCCCCACUAUUCUAUGGAAGUAGGAUUUUCUUUAUCGACUUAGAGGAAAAGUUGUGACAACAUCACUAUUUUUUCGUUCCGAGUUCGUGUAAGAAAGAACACCACUAUUUUUGAUCAUUUUGUUUAAUGGAAAAGUGGUGACAACAUCACUAUUUUUUCGGUCCUAGUUCGUGUAAGAAAGAACACCAGUAUUUUUGAUCAUUUUGUUUCAACGGACUAAGAAGACGUUUCGUGUAAAUACAAAAUUUUCAACAUCCAAGAGUUGUAGUUGACGAUAGUUACUCUUACUGUUUGGUAGUCCCUCUGAGGCUACGGACGGUCGCCCGAGGAUACAGGUCACACUGUGGACGGCGAGCCAAUUCCUAUCCUAAGCGCACUUGGAAUUUUCCGCAAGGCCUAGUUCCAUUCUUAGUUGUAGAAGUUCUACUCCUAGUUUUUAUAGCAACAUACCACUAGGAUGUCACCUCCCGCCCCUACUGUCCUCUCUGUGGCGGGUCUUCAUGACUGGCGCCAUGCCUUAGAGCAUGAUGGGGAAGAAGCCACAAAAAAUGCUAACCAAGAAAAUGCUAACAAUGCUACUGACGCAAGCCAGUUCCCAGCCAGAAAGCACAGUAAGUCUAAGCGCAAUUCGUUUGGCGAUACCUUCCGCAACUAUGAGGAGUCCAAGCGACAAGAAAUUGUGGCAAGGACGUACCGACUCCAACAUACCAACCAGACUGUGGCAUUCGUGAGGAAAAUGCAGGAAAAGUGGCUUGCGUUCGACAAAGGAGAAUACACGAUCAUGGAGAUGAUUGAUUUGCUGGAUUUAUGAAGACGUCGAGUUCUACUAGUAGUAGUUGAUGAAUCUAAAUGUAAAGGUAUACUAUAGGUAUUCCUACAUCAGUAUAGAGGUAUACCUAUAGCAGGUAUUUCUACAGUAUGGGUAUACGUAGAUCUUCUUGUACUGUCGGCGAGUGUGUGUGUGAAUUAUGGCAACAACAGCCUGCACAGCUCCUCUCUAGAAAAAAUAUCGAGAGUCGAAUUCGAGAUUUUUUGUCUAAUCUCCACACUGAUCGACGACAGUGAUCCGGACAACGAUUUGCCCAACAGUAUCCACGACUUCCAAACCGCAGAGAGGAUCCGAGCGAAAUACCCUGAGGCCGAAUACGACUGGUUCCAUCUGAUCGGCUUGCUGCACGACAUUGGCAAGGUGUUGGCUCUUCCUCAAGUAGCCGGUGCUGACAACGUCCUUCCGCAAUGGGCAGUCGUCGGCGACACCUUUCCAGUAGGGUGCCAACCCGCACCAGAAAUCGUUUUUGGGGUGGAAAGUUUUGCGGAGAAUCCGGAUUUUUUUGUUCAAGGUGCUGCAGAGGAGGUAAAAAUUAGCAGAGAAAAUACUAUAUCAACUGCAGCGGCUACUUCCGAAAAUGAGGACGUCAGCAAGGACACAUCAACCAUGAUCACAACUGACGGUCCCUACAACACCUCUUUGGGCAUGUACACGAAGAAUUGCGGUCUGGAUGCACUACUGUUAUGGUGAAUGAUUUCAAUCUGUACAUUUACUGUUCGUGAAUCUCUUGCGCAGUAAAGAAUCUCCUCGGAAUCUAAUUCAAUGUGAAGAUUCUUGUUUCUUCCCGUGGUUUUUAUUCGCCAUUUCAUUGCCUCCUCACUCUAAUCUGCAUGUCCUGGGGUCACGACGAGUACAUGUACCAGGUCCUAAAAGCCAACAAUUGCACCCUGCCGAAAAAGGGCCUAGACAUGAUCCGCUACCACAGCUUUUAUCCAUGGCACGAGAAGCGAGCUUACACGCACUUGGAGUCGGUCGAAGAUAGGGAGGAGACGUUGCCAUGGGUCCGGGAAUUCAACACGUUCGAUCUCUACAGUAAAGCCGAUUCCUUGCCGGAUGUGGAAAAGCUGAAGCCCUACUACCAACGGUUGUUGAAAAAGUACAACAUUGGGGGCAAGAUAAAAUGGUGAGAAAAUGACAUUGUGGAAGCGCGGUCGGAGGGGCAUCAACUAUAUAGUAAAUACUUGAGUACUUUCAACUGUUAUGGAUUUUUUCUUGCUUCUUGUCCUCAAUCAAUAUGAUUGGGAUACUGUAGUUUGUAGCCAAAAUACAGCGUCAAUAGAUUUAGAUUUACUCCAAAUUUUUUUGAUACAAAAUGACCACUGAAUCUAUCAUCCUCAUCUUCCACAAUACUUUUCGACAGUGCUGGUCGCAUAUUCUCAACUUCGAAUGCAAUGUUCAUCAUGUGUAAAAAAUAGGCGACAUAUUUAUUGUAAACAGAUAUGAGCAUCCAUAUCUUUCUUAAGCAUCAUGUGAAGUUAGCGUAGUUGUGCUUCACUUUAGUAGUAUGCGAUAUAUGUGUUUGGUGUUGUGGUCAAUUCGUGAGUCCUCCAAUAUCGACGUGCGUACUUCGUGUAGAACUUCAUCCGGUUCUUGUGACAUUUUGUUUGAAAUAGUAGAUCUAGACAUAUUGUUUCUGCAAUUUAUUCCUCGUUGGCUUACAAGUUCUACUCUUUUGUGGGAUCUUGUCACAUCGAUUCAUCCUGCCGGUAGGUGCAGCAAACCUAUUUAGGAUGCACAGAAUAGAAUAACCUUGUUGAGUCUCUAGCAAUUCGCGUCCUCUGAGAUAGCACGACGUACUAGUGGUCAUACACUUCGAAAUAGGCCAGCGAAGUCGCUUAGCGGCCAAGAAGGAAGUGUAAGAACAGUAAAUAUUCUGCUAAGAGAUAGCUCAGGGUUGUUACAGGGAAUUGUUUAGGAGCCUUAAGGUACCACGGCAGAGAAGUUGCUACUUCAUACUUGAACAGUUUGUCACCUGUGUUCAAGGCAUAGAAAUUGGAAUUUGUUCACUCGUCCACGUUCUUCCGGACGGAGACUCCUCUCCAUGGCGAACGAGGAUGUCUUGCCUGUAUUCGCUGCCAUUAUCUACAAGCCAAGUAGGUCGUUUCCGUUUGUAUGUAGUACGGGUACCCCGCUGGGACCAGAAUGAAUUUCCAAUGAAGUAGCGAUCAACAACCUAUUGGCGCCAGAAAAAUGUUCCUCGGAGGUCAUGAUCCUCGAGAAGUCAGUGAUCGUUCUGAAUCUGGAAUGUGAAAUUUUGUGACCUCAGCAUCUUGAUCAUCAGCAGCUUCCUUGAGGUUCUUUCAAGAAAU